CGACUACAGUUCCAGAGUCUCAGUCCAUAGGAAGUGGAAUACCUUGUCGUCCUAAAAGACUCGUAACGAAAGGAAACGGAAAGGGAGAGAAAAAGAUAGGAAACGAUAAUGGUAGCUGGAGGGGAGGAAAGAGAGAAGAAGGGUGAGAGUCAAAAGACGAAGCGAGUCGAGGCGAAACGAGUCGAGUCGAGUCGGAGCGAACAAACUAACGACUAUCAACGUGAAAAGAAUAACAGGGAAGGGAGAAAGCGGACAACGGAAUACUGGAGAAAAAUAAUCUUGUAUAUACGAGUGUAAACCAGGCUUUACGACACCGAUUACAUUAUUUCGAUAGAGAACAACCAGUUUUUUACUGCGUUCGACGCGCUGCAAGCAUGAUCCUUCGGCUACGUUCGAUCUGGUUAGUUGUGCAUAAACGAUCGUACGAUCGCGCGACUGGAAGGUUCAGUGCAGAAACGAGAGCGAGCAUUUCGCAAGAGUGAACCGCGCAAGGACGUUAUCAAUUCGUUUGAACAUUUAUACUGGGACAUUCCUUCUGCGUAUCGUUCGACGAUGGUGAUCAAUUCUGAGAAUAGUUACCCGGAGCUGGUAAUAUAAUGGCGAUGGAAUCGCGUUAGAACGGUGAAAGCCCUGUAUCUAAGGAGCUAAGAGAGAAGAUAAAUCCUGGUGUAGAUUUAAAUACUCUCUGCACCCCUGUCGUUUAAAAAACGAUUUCCUCGAAGAGUUUCUUCAAAAAGAAACCCACUAUGAGAAUGUCUUUCGAGCUGGACAAAUAAACUCGAAAUCGAAAGUCUAAUUAUUAUUAUUAUAUACAUAUAUGUAUGUAUAUAUGGACGAGAGGAAGGAAAUUGAAAUGUACCAGGAAAUUUAGUCGAAGCUAAAAGCGAAAAACAAGGAUGCUUACGUUCAUCGCUCGUUCAAUGCUUUUGCUAUUCUCAUUGCUGCUUAUUAGCAUCGUGUCAUCGGCCCCAACCUACGAACAUGUUGCGCUCCAAACCACCGCCGACCAGUGCGACUGGAUCGGAAGCGGGGGCGGUGGCAGAGGAGUUCGACCGGUGUACCUCCGAUGUUCAAGGGGCACCGUACUCUGGCGCUAUCCAAGGGGCGCUCUGAGGGUAGUUUUAUCCCCCCCCGUAUCGACCGGAUUCAUUUCCAAAGUCCACUACGAAUUCAUUGGGAAAAAGAACAAGUACGAUAUCAGGAAGAACAACGUCAGCUCGUUCGACGACGACAACGCCUUUCGGUUAUCCGGAUUUCGUACCUGCACUAAGGUGUCGGGUUCGAUAAGAGUAUACUUAGAGACUCAUGGAAAACUACGACCGGUGUAUUCACCAAGGGACGGCAAGCACAAAUCAACGCACAGGUGUUUCCGCGCGAAGAAACAACCCGCGGCGCUUUAUAUAGAGGCAGAGGAGCCUGGUAUGACCGGUGAACGUCAUCAGGAUGCGAAGUUGCAAUACGAUUUGGAAUUGCGUUACGUGGACGAUCGAGAGGGAAGAUCGCAGCUGUUCGGCGAAGAGGAAGAAGAGGAUUGCCGACCCUGUUCCAUGGACGAAUUGGCUAAAGCUUAUUGCCAGAGCGAUUUGGUAGCCAGAGGUACCGUCAGCGCCGUUCAGAAGCAGCCGAGUUUGGAGGCUGCCGAACUCGUCCUUGGUGUAACCAAGAUCUUGCGUCGAAUCGAAGAGAACGAGGGCAGCAACGAUGCGGACAUAAGCGAAUCGUACGACCGAAGGAACGUUCGCGUAAGGGUACCAACCGCCUGUGACGCUCGCCACGGUCAGGGGGAAUUUGUGAUAAUGGCCAAACGGCGACUCGGUGAUCUCGUUCUCGUUUGUGCACCGAGGCUCGAGACUUGGGUUAAAGCGGUCCACGAACUGGACACUGCACCCUGUGUACUUCGAAGUUAGCGAGUUACCGCUAGCCAGAAGUUUGCAACCAGAUGUUUGUAAAUACUUUAUAUUUUUCUAUUUUUUACGAUGCAAAUUAUCGAUCUCCGAACUGUGAUAUUGUUUUGUAGAAAUUUUAUCGCAACAAAUAUAUCCGUAUCUGAAAGUCAA